AUGGUGGUCGAGAAGAGAAUUCAAUGUAGAGUCCGGAAGCUCAAAAAAGACCGAGAUUUCGUACAAUUCAAGAAAAAAGUUUACCGUUUUCCGAAGGUGUUCAAAAGGAAGUUCACAUCUGAGCUUCGAGUAGUAGACCUUCAGUUCGACAUUCUUAAUUUGGAGUUCAAGCGACUUAAACGCUUAGUCGACUGCUUAUUGAAGAAUUGCGAAUGGUUUUGGAAUAGUGUUGAAUGCUCUGUUGACAGAUCGCUAAAUCUGUCAAGACUAUUUGAGUACGUUCUUGGUUACUGUGAGCAAAGUAAGCACACUCAAUUCGAUAUUUCGUCAAUAUGGAGAUUUAGGGAGAUGAGUGGCGAUACCAAAUCAUCCGAGGUCGGUAUCAUAUGGCCGCUGAGUUCGCCUGCGGGGCCGAAAUCAUUUGAGGGUGGCAACUUUUCUGCUGGGAGCAGAAUCAUCUUGAACAUAGCUCAAAGUCGUGAAAAAUCAAUGCGAAGGCUCAUUGAUGAGAAACUGAAAAUGUUCAACGCCAAGGUUCUUCAGCCUUUACGCAUACUCCUCAAUUUAUUCACUCAGAUAGGACGCAUUCUCAAGGAGCGCAAACUUUGCAUGAUUGACCUGACAACGUAUAUCUCCAAAUACAGGCGUCUGAGCAGCACAAUGCGCAAACCGUUAAGACCGCGGCAAGUGCGUAAAAAGAUGAGAUACGAGCGUGACGCUGAGUUACAGAAAUUGAAAUACGAAUCGCUCACAGCCGCAAUCAAGAUCGAGUUGCGAGCGCUGUUUACUCUUUUCAGAGAAUUCUUUAGAAACUGGACUGCCAAUUACCUAUUGACGACGUUCUCUUUGGCAUUUACCCUGUACGAUAAGCUUGGUGAUCGAGCUAAAGUGUCACCGAUGUCAAGCGACAAUGGAACUACUGGAAAGGUCCCAACGUGUGAGCCUUUGAAUACGGGUGUUUCUUCGCGUUUCAAUGACCCGUUAGUAGGAAUUUCAGAGGGCCUGGAGUCUGUUACUGAGACCGUGACACGAUUUCGAUCGAAUUUUGACGCGGUUGAGCGUCGUUUGAGAAAUUUGCAACUUAUCAAAUUCGAUUCUUCGAGUCAUAGUGGUGCUAAAAAAACCGUAUCCGUGCUCUACGUCACUGCAAUGUACGACUACACACGAUUGGACGCGGGGUUCAAUUUGGGCGAUCUAUCAUUUCGCUGCGGUGACCUGAUCAAGGUUGUGCUGAAAGACGAAUCCGGAUGGUGGCUCGGCGUACAUUGUAACACAAACGAAAGAGGCAUUUUCCCCGCAAACUACGUCAAGAAGGAAGAAAGAUCGGAUGAUCGAGGUUCUUCCUCGUAG